AUGGAAAACACAGUGCAACAAAAUGAGCCCCUGAUUUCCAUUACAAAGACAAAGGGUGGUUUCAGAACCUUACCCUUCAUCAUAGCAAACCAGGCGUUUGAGAAAAUGUCUAGCUAUGGAAUAAUGCUAAACAUGGUUCUCUAUUUUACUAGACAUUAUGGCAUGCAUGCUGCUAAAGCUACUAAUAUCAUCCUCCUAUGGUCAGCAGCUUCUUAUUUCACACCCGUUCUUGGUGCUUUUCUUGCUGAUUCUUACUUUGGUCGUUUCACUGUCAUUGCCUUUGGAUCUUUUCUCACUUCACUAGGGAUGCUACUUUUUUGGCUAACUGCUAUAAUACCAAACCUAAGUCCAUGUGAUCAAUUAACUAUGAUCUGCAACUCACCAACAACAUCACAACUUGCAUUCUUAUACUUUUCUCUAUGCCUAAUGUCCAUUGGAGCUGGUGGUGUAAGAGCCUCUUCCUUAGCCUUUGGGGUUGACCAACUAAACAAGAAAGAAAGAGAUGAAGGGAUUGUAGAGAGAUACUUUAAUUGGAGCUUUGCUUUAACAGGAGUUGCAGUCUUAUUUGGAAUGACUGUUUUGGCUUAUAUUCAAGAAAAUUUUGGGUGGAUUGUUGGAUUUGGUGUUCCUGUUGUUCUUAUGUUUAUAUCCAUGCUAUCUUUCUUUUUAGCUUCUUCACUCUAUGUUAAGGUGGAACCUAAAGGUAAUGUGAUUACUGAAUGUGCUCGAGUUGUUGUCGCGUCUUACAGAAACAGAAACCUCGACUUACCAUCGCCAAUUAUCUCGAAUGAUGGCGUGUCCUAUUAUGAGAAGGAUUCGGAAAUGCUUAUGCCGAGCAAUAAACUAAGGUUUUUGAACAAAGCAUGCCUUAGACAAAAUCAACAACAAGAUCUUACACAAGAUGGAAGACUCAAAAACCAAUGGAGCCUUUGCACAAUAGAUCAAGUAGAAGCAUUCAAAUCAAUGAUAAAGAUCAUUCCAAUUUGGAUAACAGGAAUGAUAAUGUCUAUAAAUUUUAGUCAAGGAACAUUUUCUGUAUUAGAAGCAUCCAUCAUGAACCGUCGCAUAACUUCAAACUUCGAAAUCCCUGCAGCUUCAAUGUCAACAUUCUUGGUUCUCUCCUCAGUAUUUAUGCUCAUCCUCUAUGACCGUGUUAUAGUCCCUUCUGCUUCAAAACUAAGACGUUCGCCCACACGUUUACGAGUAAAACAAAAAAUGGGAAUUGGACUAAUAGCAACAUGUUUAUCAGCAUCUUCAUUGGCAAUUGUUGAAAGCAAAAGAAGAAAAAUGGCAAUAGAUGAAGGGUUCACAGAUUUUCCACAAGGUGUUGUGAAAAUGUCAGUAAUGUGGCUAUUACCAAGACAAAUUUUUGAUGGUUUUGCUGAAGCUUUUAAUGGUGUUGGACAAAAUGAGUUUUAUAUAUGUGAGUUACCUCAAUCUAUGUCUAGUAUUGCAUCCACACUUUCUGGUUUAGGUUUGUCAUGUGCAAGUGUUUUGGCUAGUUUGAUUUUGAGUGUUGUUGAAAGUGUUACUAAAGGUGAGGGAAAGGAAAGUUGGGUUUCUAGUAACAUAAAUAAGGGACAUUAUGAUUACUAUUAUUGGAUUGUUUUUGGACUCAUGUUGGUUAAUUUUAUGGGCUAUGUUUAUUUGAGUAAGGCUUAUGGACCUUGUAAGGGUGAAGAAAAUGAUGGUGUAGAAGAAGGAAAUUAG